AUGGGCCUCUUCGUUGCAUCCAUCGCGCUCUUCGCCGUGCUCGCGUCCGCACAGCAAGGCGUCCUUUCGAACGGCAACAGCCAGCUCCCGCAGUGUGCUCAGUCUUGCGCGCUUCUCCAGCAGGCAGCCCAGGCAUGCAGCGGUACCGACACGGCCAACGAGCAAGUCUGGAUCUGCUUCUGCCAGUCUGCCUACCUCAAGAAUCUCUAUCAAUCGGCAACUGGCGUAUGUGAUAGCGCCUGUACCAACCAGGCGGACCUUCAGCAAGUCUCGACCUGGUACAAGAGCAACUGCGGCACCGAUAAUGGUGCUUCGGAACACGCUGGAGACGCUGCUGCGAGUUCGACGACCGUCGCCGCUGCCAGCAGUACCUCGGGAGCCGCGAGUGCAGCCGCGACACCUUCCGCCUCCUCCGGGUCGAGCAGCAGUAACCGGUCCAAGACAUCAAGCACCCAGAGCGGCGAUUGGUGGAGCAAUCACUACGUGAGUGUCCCCGACCAUCAACAGUCCUGGUCAUGACUAACCCCUUCACAGCAAUGGAUCGUCAUGUUGAUCGUUCUCGCUAUUGCCUUCCCCAUCAUGGGCUUCCUUGCCGCCUGGCUCAAGCGCCGGCACGAUCGCAAGCAAGAUCAGAUCCGUGAAGGGUUUAAUGCUGGCAUCACGAGCCGCUCGGCAGGUCCAAUGGGAAAUCACGAGAACAACUCCAGCGCAGUAGCGCCUGCCGCUGUGGGAGAGAGUGGACAGAGCUCGCCUAAGCGGACAAGAGACGCUUUCAUGCCCUACGGGUACGGAUACAACCGGAGCGAGAGCAGAUUUGGCUCUAAGCAGGCGGUGGGCGAUGACCGCAGGAGCGCACUGGCGAGUGGAGAGGUUGCAGCCGGUGACCAGGAGAAGCGCGGUGCCGCGGGCACGCCGGGAAAGAGGAAGUCGAAGGGAGUGCUGGUGCGCGAGCGCAGCGCUCAGGACAGCAUUGAGACGGAAAAGGGCACAAGGCCGUAG